UCAGCCAAGGCUUUCCCUCCUCCCCCUCCUCCUCCUCAAUCACACCCAGCCCCUGUCCCUAUCCCCGCUCAUUGUAGCCUCCUACACUGGAUUUCUUGACAGCUUCAGGAACUGGGAGCGAAGAGCUGGAGUCAGUCCCUUUCCUAGGUGACAAGGAACAACCCUAUUCAUAAUGCCAAAUAUACUGAUCAGCUGGAGGCCUUAUUUUCAGUGCAAACAUUACUAGCAACCUGGAUUCUACGCUAUAGCUAUUGGUGGUCACCAAAUUCACAAUAUGUCUGGACACCAAUGUGCAAGAACUGGCUUUCUUUUGCUGAUAGUGGUGGGGACGCUUGCUAAAGGAAUUGCAGGCAGCACAUGUAGCUGCAUUUUGCUGGAAAGUUUAUCUGACUCGCCCACUCUGAAUUCUGAGCCUUGUUGCCUGAACCUCAGCAUUUCUGUGGAUACAAUUGACUGGAAUAAUUUUACUACAAUAUCAAGCUUGCGGGUUCUUGACCUUUCUUACUCUGGAAUUAAAAAUAUCAUAGAUUUAGAAGAAGGGAGAAGGUUAACAAACAUCGAGAAGCUGUAUAUAGAUCACAACCAUCUCAAAGAGCUACCAAGUGGAUUUUUGAGCAAUGCCCCCAACUUAAGGGUUUUGAACCUUGGCUAUAAUCAGCUUGGCCGACUUCCAACAAACUUUUUGCUAGUUUCUAACAACGUAGAGGAGAUAGAUCUCAGCUACAACAAUUUAACUUCAAUCUCACCCAUCAUAAUUAGACCUUCCCUCUCUGUGCUUGGUUUCCACAAUAACAGUCUGGAAUGUACCUGUGCCCUGUAUGACCACCUUGAACCCAUUCUCCAUGGCAGCAAUGGCAGUAGGGUUUUAGAAGAACUAAUUUGCUCCUCUCCAAGAGAUGUUAUUGGAUUACAGAUUAUAAAUAUUCAAAGGAGUAACAUCUGCAGGUCCCAUAGCUUAACUGUUGUGCUAAUAUGCAUCCCACUCCUACUUGUCUUAGGAUUCAUGUGUUGGUAUGUCUGCUGUCGUAGACAGAAAGGCAGUUACUCUAAAACAAGGAGAGAGUGUAGUCUGGCAACUGUUGAUCGCAAUGGAGCUGGUAACAUGGGAGAAUAUCACCAUUAUGAGCCUCGACAGCAGUUCCUCAAGGACAGAAGAGAGAUUGAUCUCAACCAACUGAAUGACCCAAUACUAUUAAAGCCCUCUGCUGCAUUACUUGGCAGCAGCAGAGAUCUUUAUGAAGAGGUGGAGAUAAAACUGGGUACAUCUUCAGAUUCCUUAGUGGAAGGAGAAGGUCAUAUUAGCAGGGACGGCCAAGGAUUAAUGCUGGCUGUGGAGGGGGGAGAUGAUAUAGAUAUAAAAGCAGGAGAUGAACUUGAAGUUGAAACUGUAAGUGUAACAGAAGUUAUGAAGGACUCCACAGAUCGCGAAAAGCUUUAUCUGAACCAGGCUACAGACUAUUAUAGCCUUGUUCCAGGAAUUGAGUUGGAAGACUCAGAUCACUGUGACUAUGAGAGCGUUGACCUCUCUUGAGAGGACCUUUUGAUACUACUGAUAUGGAAGCUAGCUCCUGUGACAAUUAAUAAAAAGGUGAAAUGCCUUGAGUUGUAAAAGUACACUGAAAGCAACUGGCUUUCUAUAUUCCUGUGAUGACUACUAGACAGAGGAGAAUACUGAAGAUUUUUUGUUUGUUAUCAAAAUGUACAAGUAUUAUUAUAUAUUUCCAUGAUCUUAUAAAUGUUUGUAAAGAUAUUUAUUUUGGAAAAUUUCUUUAUGGUUAAAGCUGGCUAGACCCAAUGCUUAGAUUAAGUUCAGUGUGCAGCACAAAUAAGCUUCAGUUGUAAGGAAGCCUACCAAAAAGGUGAAGUUCUAUUUAAGUAAAGAUGUCCUUAAAUAAAUUGUAAGGGUUUCUGUAGCAGCAGGGCCUUUCAGUUUCACAGGCUAUGAUGUCAGAAAGUACAAAUAUUUUAACACAAUAGUUUAUCCAUGGAAAUGCCUUACAUACUUAAACACAAUUGAACCAAAGAUGACACUUUAACAGAAGCUACCAGCUAUCCCUUAGUCUGCAAUCUGCAUUAUAAAAAAAUGUUGUCUAUUUGUUGUCUGUAGGUGUGAAGGUAUACCUACCACACAAAGAUACGGAAGUGUAUAUUCAACUGGAUAAAAAAAAUGUUUGAAUCUAGCUGGCAAAGACUUAAGCCUAAACAGAUGAAGCAAAAGUUUUUGAUUGUGUGUCAUCAAAACAUUCAAUUGGGGAGAUGGUGUUACCAUAAGCAACAAAUACUUUAAAGGAGAUGUUCAGACAGUUGUCUGAAUUUAAACAGCCGCUUGCAGAAAAAAUAUUUUUGUAAAUCAUCUUUAUUUCUUAAAAGGUCUAGUUUUGAAGCUACAGACCAGGAUCAGGGCUGCUAAAACUCUCACAGUGCUGCUCUCUGCUCUCUCUGUAGGGAGCUUCCUAGACCAGGACUUGGCAGGCAGCCAAGCAAUCCCUUCCAAAAAGAGAGAGGAGAAAGAAUUUUAGCAGAUCCUGGCCUGUAGUUUCAAAACUAAACAUUUUAAAUAAUAAAGUCAACCACAGAUUGGGGUAUUUUUGAUUGUAAGUUUGUAUAUAUUUCUCUAUUACUUUUCAGGAGCAGCACUAGAAGCAUUAAUAAAGGGAGGAGAAUGUUUUGUUAUUGGUGGUGUUGUUUUGCUUUGUACUGUUUGUUUAUCAACAACACCAACCAGAACAAUCAAAAGUUUAAAAAAAGCCUACCUUGUGUAUGUUACACGUGUAUACAGUAAACACUGAUUACUUCGAUUUAUCUGA